AUGGCAGAAGCUUUGAAAGAGAUUAUUGAUUACGGAGUAUCGUUAGGUUACAAAGAAGAUACUCUUAGAGAAUUCGUUAGACACCAACAGGAUAUUCAGAGAGAAGAGCGGCUGGCAGAAAGAGAACGUCUGAAAGAGGAGCUAGAGUACCAGCGGAUGAAGGAGAAACAUGAUAAACAGAUGCAGCUACAGCAGCUGACCCAUCAACAACAAAUGGAAAUGCUUCAUGAGAAAGAGAAGUUGAAAAUAGCAGGGGUUGAGGAGGUAAGUGUUAAGUUCAAAGGUCCAAAAAUCCCGGCAUUUGAGGAUGGGAAGGAUGAAAUGGACAGCUAUUUACGUAGAUUUGAACGAUAUGCAGAGUUACAAAAGUGGCCGAAAACAUCUUGGGCUAUGAGUCUAAGUGCACUCCUUAAAGGUAGAGCUCUCGAUAUUUAUGCAUUAUUACCAGCAGAUGAUGCUUUAGAUUAUGACAAGCUGAAGAUAGCACUCCUUAAACGCUAUGAGCUAACAGAGGAUGGGUUUAAACACAAGUUUAGAUCAGCAAAACCAGAAACGGAGAGAACACCAAAGAGUAUACAGGAGAUGGCACAAUUAGCAGAUCAGUAUCGAGAGGCAAGGAUGACCAACGCUGCGACCCUCAGCAAUGCCAAAGGCAAUGAAUUUCAACACCCAGCUAAGUUCCGUUCCGGAAAUCACAAAGACUUUUCAGGUGAGAAGAAAAUACAAAAUUCAAACAAGUCAUUUGUUCCAAAAUCGGAAAGACGUUGUUUUAAAUGCAACAGAAUAGGGCACAUUGCAUCGGAAUGCAGAUCAAAACCGAAGAUAGGAGCUGUAACAACGCAAGAACACAAGGAUAUCCAUGAUACUUCAUCUAGUACAGAGGAACAUACAGCAAAGGUAACAUUUGUAAGCACAAUGCCAACAGACACUGGAACAAAUUCUUUGAAUCUUGAUGCAUCAACAAGAGUUUCAUCAUCAUGCUACCAACUGCAACACAACAUGCCAGUAUCAGCAGGUUUUGUUGAAGGUAAGCCAGUUACGGUACUAAGAGACACAGGAUGCAGCGGCAUAGUGGUUCGAAAAAGUAAGAUUGAUGAAGCAAAUUUGAUUCAAGAUAAGUUUCAAACAUGUAUUUUGGCAGAUGGUUCAUCUAUUAGAGUACCAGUUGCUUCCAUCUUUUUUGACACGCCCUAUAUUACAGGAACAUUUGAAGCAUGGUGUAUGGAGAAGCCAGUCUACGAUUUAAUCAUCGGGAAUGUAGCGAAGGUGCGAGCACCUGGAGAUCCUGAUCCUGAAUGGUCAGAGGCAAAUGCUGUUGAAACCCGUCAACAAGCAAAGGUAAAAUUAAAACAGUACCCUCAACUAAAAGUUCCAGAAAUACUUAAAGGAAACAUCACUCCAGACGAGAUUAAACUAGAACAACAAACCGAUUACUCACUGCAGAGAAUACGACAAUGGGCAAGUUCCGGACAAGUGGUUGACAAACGAACUGCAACAAUACGAUGGUUCAUGCUGAACGGGUUUGUAUAUCGUGAAUAUCAAACCAAGACUGAAUCAGGUAAGUCUUACAAACAGCUUGUAGUCCCAAAGAAAUUCAGGGAAAUUGUCAUGAAAUUGGCACAUGAGUCAAUCAUGUCUGGUCAUUUGGCUAUAUCACGUACAUCGUCAAGAAUUCUUUCUGAAUUCUACUGGCCUGGACUACAGACUGAUGUCAAGUUGUUUUGUCGUUCUUGUGACAUCUGUCAAAGGACCAUACAAAAAGGUAAGGUUUCUAAGUACCCCCUUCAGAAGAUGCCACUUAUUGAUGUUCCUUUCAAGAGGGUUGCCGUAGACAUCGUUGGACCUAUUCAUCCCAUUACCGACAAAGGGAAUAGGUAUAUUCUUACUUUGGUCGAUUUUGCUACUAGAUACCCUGAAGCUGUACCACUGCCAUCCAUUGAAACAGAGAGAGUUGCGGAGACGCUCAUAGACAUAUUUUCUAGAAUUGGAGUUCCCGAGGAAAUGUUGAGCGAUAUGGGUUCUCAAUUUACAUCAUCAAUUAUGAGAGAGGUAAGUCGGCUACUAUCGUUAAAUCAACUCACUACUACCCCUUACCACCCUAUGACAAACGGCUUGGUUGAGAGGUUUAACGGAACCCUCAAACAAAUGUUAAAACGUAUGUGCUCCGAUCGUCCACGUGAUUGGGAUAAAUAUAUUAACCCAGUAUUGUUUGCUUACAGGGAAGUGCCGCAAGAAAGUUUGGGCUUUUCGCCUUUUGACUUAGUGUAUGGAAGACACGUAAGAGGGCCCAUGGGCAUUUUAAAAGAGCUUUGGACAAAAGAGAUAGACGAUGAUCAGGUAAAGUCUACUUAUCAAUAUGUUUUGGAUUUACGAGAGAGACUUGAGGCAACGGCAGAGAUAGCCAGAGAAAAUUUGGAGAAGGCUUCUCAACGACAGGCGAGGUUCUACAACAGGUCAACUCGAGCAAGGAGUAUGAAGUACCUUAACAGGAAUGAUGAUUCAAGCGAAUCAGACCAAGAUGAUGAAGCUCUAGUCACAUCUGCUGUUAUUGACUGUUCUGCGGAGGAGGAGGAUGAUGAGUAUGGUGCAGUGAGUGCCAGGGAUACCAAAGGUGUGGACAUCAAUCCAGAGUUAUUACCUGAAGACAGAAAAAAGGUAACAUCACUUUUGGAUCAGUUUACGGAUGUAUUGUCUGAUAAUCCUGGUUAUACACAUCUGAUUGAACACGAUAUUAAGAUUAACUCAAGUCAACCAAUCAGAGUUAAAUCUUAUGCAAUUCCAUUUGCAAUGAGGGCAAUAGCUGAUAAGGAGGUUGAGAAAAUGUUAGAAUUGAAUGUCAUUGAACCAUCUGAAAGUCCAUUUUCUUCUCCAGUUGUCCUUGUGAAGAAAAAAGAUGACACUUUUCCUUUCUGCGUUGAUUUUAGAGCUAUAAAUGCAUGUUCACAGUUCGAUGCAGAACCGAUGCCAAAUGCAGAUGAUAUCUUUUCAAAGUUUGCCAACUACAAGGUAUUUUCAAGGAUCGACUUAUCCAAAGGCUACUGGCAGGUUCCAUUAACAUCGUCAGCUAAACCCAAAACAGCGUUUCAGACAUCCAAAGGCCUCUUCCAAUUUCGAGUGAUGCCCUUUGGUUUGGUGACGGCACCGGCGACGUUUUCCAGACUGAUGCGUAAGUUGUUGUACGGAAUGUCAAACAUUGAUAAUUUUAUCGAUGAUAUCAUUGUUUUUACAGAGGACUUAGAUCAGCAUUUGGAAGUUCUUCACGAACUCUUUACCAGGCUGAGAAACGCCAAUUUGACAGCAAAACCUUCCAAGUGUGCAGUAGGGUACAAGAGUUUAGAGUGUCUAGGCCAUAUCGUAGGUGAGAACCAACUAAAACCAAACCCAGACAAGGUAAGAGCAAUUCAAGAGGCACCAGCACCAAACACUAAACGUCAGUUAAGAUCGUUUUUAGGACUCCUUAGUUUCUACAGGAAAUUCAUUCCCAAUUUUUCGUCUGUUGCACUACCCCUCACUGAUCUGACAAAGAAGGGGUCGCCAAAUAAAAUUAUUUGGAAUCAACCUCAGGAAAAAUCAUUUCAAUCACUUAAGGCAAUGCUUUUGAAAUCGCCUAUUCUUAAACUGCCAGAUUUAUCAAAACAGUUCAUUCUUCAGACUGACGCAUCAGAUAGGGGAAUUGGAGCUGUGCUGAUGCAGUUUGAUGAACAUAGUGGUUUGAAACUUCCGGUGGCGUAUGCAAGUCGAAAGUUGAAGGACAGUGAAAGUAAGUAUUCUACAAUCGAAAAAGAAUGCUUGGCAAUUGUUUGGGCCGUCCAAAAGUUCCACCUGUACCUUUAUGGACGCGAGUUCCUCAUCGAAACAGAUCAUCAGUCGUUAAUGUAUUUGAACAAAGCCAAAGUUAUCAACGCUAGGAUCAUGAGAUGGGCACUGGGUCUUCAAUCAUAUAGAUACCGAGUUAUCGCCAUUAGGGGAAAGGAUAAUCAAGGAGCAGAUUAUCUUAGUAGGCAGUCCCGUUCUACGUUCUACGUUCUACAUUCUACGUUCUACGUUCUACGUUCUACAUUCUACGUUCUACGUUCUACGUUCUACAUUCUACAUUCUACGUUCUACGUUCCACGUCGUUUUGUGUAUGGUGUCAGUGUAUGGUGCACAGUGUACGGAGUAUGGUGUGAUGUAGAAACUUACCGUUGUGUGGACAAACGAGAGCCAGAAUACUAUGUACAAUGA